AGCCAACCAUGUGCAUGUGAAAGAGGCUGACUUACAAGAAUCUGCUCCUGAAAGCCCAGCGAGGCCCAGGGCCAACUUCCACUUUAUUCUGGAUGUUUUCACUUUUGGGGCAUCCUGUUCUGAGUCAAGAUUCCUCCUUCUGAACAUGGGACUUCCCAGAAGGACCACAGCUCCUCCCGUGCACCCACUCAGCCCGGGAGGUUCUGGAUUUUGGUUGUUGAAGGAGUUUACCUGCCUCACCAGAGAAGGAUGGCCAUGAGGCCCCUGUGGAGUCUGCUUCUCUGGGAAGCCCUACUUCCCAUUACAGUUACUGGUGCCCAAGUGCUGAGCAAAGUCGGGGGCUCGGUGCUGCUGGUGGCAGCACACCCUCCCGGCUUCCAAGUCCGUGAGGCUAUCUGGCGAUCUCUCUGGCCUUCAGAGGAGCUCCUGGCCACAUUUUUCCGAGGCUCCCUGGAGACUCUGUACCACUCCCGCUUCCUGGGCCGAGCCCAGCUACACAGCAACCUCAGCCUGGAGCUCGGGCCACUGGAGUCUGGAGACAGCGGCAACUUCUCCGUGUUGAUGGUGGACACGAGGGGCCAGACCUGGACCCAGACCCUCCAGCUAAAAGUGUAUGAUGCAGUGCCCAGGCCCGUGGUACAAGUGUUCAUUGCUGUAGGAGGGGAUGCUCAGCCCCCCAAAACCUGCCAGGUUUUCUUGUCCUGUUGGGCCCCCAACAUCAGUGAAAUAACCUAUAGCUGGCGACGGGAGACAACCAUGGACUUUGGUAUGGAACCACACAGCCUCUUCACAGACGGACAGGUGCUGAGCAUAUCCCUGGGACCGGGAGACAGAGGUGUGGCCUAUUCCUGCAUUGUCUCCAACCCUGUCAGCUGGGACUUGGCCACAGUCACGCCCUGGGACAGCUGCCAUCAUGAAGCAGCACCAGGGAAGGCCUCCUACAAAGAUGUGCUGCUGGUGGCGGUACCUGUCUCGCUGCUCCUGAUGCUGGUUACUCUCUUCUCUGCCUGGCACUGGGGCCCCUGCUCAGGGAAAAAGAAAAAGGAUGUCCGUGCUGACAGGGUGGGUCCAGAGACAGAGAACCCCCUUGUGCAGGAUCUGCCAUAAAGGACAAUAUGAACUGAUGCCUGGACCAUCAGUAACCCCACUGCACAGGCACGCGAUGUUCGGGGACAUAACUGGUGCCUGGAAAUCACCACGGUCCUUAUACCUCCCAUGGGAAUCCUGUCCUGCCUCGAAGGAGCAACCUGGGCAGCCAUCACACCACGAGGACAGAAAGCACCAGCACAUUUCGCACCUCCCCCUUCUCUCUCCCAUCUUCUCAUAUCCUGGCUCUUCUCUGGGCAAGAUGAGCCAAGCAGAACAUUCCCUCCAGGACACUGGAAGUUCUCCAGGAUCCAGAUCCAUGGGGACAUUAAUAGUUCAAGGCAUUCCCUCCUCUACCACUAUUCAUAAAGUAUUAACCAACUGGCACCAAAGAAUUUCCUCCAGCCUGAGUCUUAGGCUCUAAAAUAUAUUAGAUAUUUGAACUAAUAGAGGAACUCUGAGUCACCCAUGCUAGCAUCAGCUUCAGCCCCAGACCCUGCAGUUUGAGAUUCUGAUGCUUCCUGAUGGCCAAAGCAUUGCUAUAAGAAAAGGUCUAGAAACAGGUGAAAGUGAGAGGUGGCGGACAGGCAUUUCUCUUUCUGGCCUAAGGACUUUCAGGUAAUCAGAGUUCAUGGCCCCUCAGAGGUAAAUUGCAGUUGUAGACACCAAGGAUGUUUGACAACCCAUAGUUGAAAUGGGCACCGUUUUACAGGAAACACCAUAUUAAUAGGCAUCCUCACCAUCUCCCUCCACUCUCACGCCUCCUGCAGGAUCUGGGAGUGAGGGUGGAGAGUCUUUCCUCACGCUCCAGCACAGUGACCAGGAAAAAACUAUUGAAUUUGCCCCAGUCAGCAGGACGUUCUUGCACAACUUCAAGAAAAGCAGCUCAGCUCAGCUCAGGAUGAGUCUUCUUGCCUGAAACUGAGAGAGCGAAGAGCUACAAAACGCUAUGCAGAAGGAACAUUAUGGACAGAAAGGGUACUGAGGCACUCUAGAAUCUGCCACAUUCACUUUCAAUGCAAAUGCAGACCUACCUUAGUUCAAGGGGAGGGGACAAAGACCCCACCACCAAACAGGAGGACUGUAGAGGUCACUCUGACUGCAUCGAACUUCUUAUUGUGGCCAUCUUAGGAAAAUACAUUCUGCCCCUGAGUGAUUCUCUCUAGAAGAGCUCUGGAGUAUUGAUUGCUACUGGAAAAACACUUAAUGAGCUAAACUUACCCUUGGGGAUUAUUAGCCGUUAAGGUUCACAGUUUCUCUCACCCAGGUGUAACUGGAUUUUUUCUGGGGCCUCACUCAAGUCUUGAUAACAGAGAGGAAGGAGGUAUUGAAGAAACGGGGGGGGGGGUUUGAAGUACUGUUUUCCCAGGGUGACUUCAAUCUCCCCACCUAGGAUGUUAGUCCUGUCCAAGGACCUUCCCUCUUCUCCCCAGUUCCCAGGCAAUCACUUCACCUUGGACAAAGGAUCAGCACACCUGGCCUCUGGAUCCACAUCACCACUCCUCCACUUGAUUGUUCCCAGAUCCUCCCUGCCUGGCCUGCUCAGACGUUCCCUGCUGGUAAUCUGGCUUUAUCAAAAUCUCAUCCUUUUCCCACAUGUACUUCUUUCCUAUCACCUUCCCCCAAGAUUACCUGAACAGGGUCCAUGGCCACUCAACCUGUCAGCUUGUGCUGUCCCCACCUGCCACCUACAGUCAUGCCAUAUGCCUGGUCACUGAAUCAUGCAAAACUGGCCUCAGCCCCUAAAAAUGAGUGAAAAGGAAAGCCCAGGAUCUGACAAGGAGCCCUGGUGGGUUUCUGGGGAAAAACAGCACUCCCCACCUUUCUUCUGUUCAUCUCCAGGGCCCCACCUCAGAUCAAAGCAGCUCUGGAGGAGAUGGGAUCCACAGCUCUCCCUCCACAAGGUGACCCUUAGCAACCUCAUUUCCACAGUGUUUUGUAGUGUGGUGCACCAGGGCCUUGCUGAGCAGAUCCACACUGCUCAAAUAAACUUCCCAUCCUCAAUGACUCACUUGUCAACUAGUGGACUAAUGAACCCUCCGCCAAAAAAACACAAAGUGCUUCCGUGAGACCAAUUUUGUGCUAAUAAGCGUUAAGACUGAUGCUUAAAAAGUCACACCACAACAAAUACUGAUUGAGGGUGCUGCAUGUGCUGGGUACAUUUCUUGAUACUUGGGAAUCAGUAGUGAAGCAAAACCCUUGCCUUUGAGAGUUUAUGUUCUGGAUAAUAUAAAUAAACAAGUAAGCAUA